AUGACAAUAACGCCCUGGUGCAAGGUUCUCUGUCGGAUCAUUUAUCAAGCAUGGUUUCAUCCCCUAGCCAAGUACCCAGGCCCCGUGCUAGCCAAAUUCACCAACCUCUACGGCGCAUACCAUGCGUGGCGAGGCGAUAUUCAUCGCGACAUGCACCGCUGUCACCAGAAAUACGGAGACCACGUCCGUUACGCACCCAACCGCGUGUUGAUUAACACAACAGCAGCUCUUCGCGACAUUUAUGGCCAUGGCGCACACCUGCGCAAAUAUGCGGGCUAUCAGGUUUUAUCCUCGAGGGCGGCCAAUACGCUCACUAUGUCCGACAAGGUGCAACACGCCCACCGCAGAAGAAUCAUCGGCCAGGCCUUCUCGGAGAACAGCUUGCGGAAGCUGGAACCGGCGAUCCAGGCGAGGAUUAAUCGAUUUUGUCAUCUGUUGCGCCGCCAGAUCCCCCAACAAUCACAGUUGGCGGAUGAGUGGACACCUCCGUUUGAUAUGGCGCAUUCAUGCAAGUUGGCCAUUACCAACCUCGCGUUUGACCUCAUGACGGCGGUGUCCUUCGGGGCAGAAUAUCGGACCAUGGAAGAACCACGAUUCCGCUACGUGGUGGACGCCAUUGAGAAGUCGAACGUGCGGCUGGGCGUGCUCAUGCAGGCAUCCGAACUAGCCACUGGAGGCCUGGACCGGAAGCUGUUUCCAUCCGCCGCACAGGCUGGGGCACGGUUUGUCAAAUUUUUGCGCCAGCUCUUAAAGAAGCGGUUUCAACAGGCGCCGACGGAGAGUGUGAUUGACAUAUUCUCAUUUCUGCAACAGUGCAAGGAUCCCGACACCGGCGAAGGACUCAGCUCCAUGCAGAUCAGCACCGAAACGGCAACCUUCAUUGUGGCCGGAUCCGACACGUCAUCCACUACGAUGGCGGCUCUAUCGCAUUAUCUGACCUGGUCACCACGAUGCUAUAAGCGCGCGGUGGGCGAGGUCCGUACAACAUUUAGCUCCGCGGACGAGAUCGUGUUUGGGGCUAAACUCAACUCCUGCAUCUUCCUUCGAGCCUGUCUGGAUGAAGCGCUGCGCAUCACCCCUCCCGGUGGGGGACCUCUAUGGCGCGUGGUCGAGCCGGGCGGAACCCAAAUUGACGGCGAAUAUGUGCCUGCUGGCUCUGAGGUUGGCGCCGGCAUUUACGCCAUGCACCAUAACCCACGAAACUGGCCGGACCCUGGGAACUACAUGCCCGAGCGCUGGCUGGAGAACAGGGGCAAUGAUACACACGAAACCUCGGAGAAGAAGAAGAAGCACGUGCGCCAGCCAUACUUCCCCUUCAAUAUCGGACCGCGGAGUUGCGUCGGAAAGCCUCUUGCCCUUGCCCAGGUCAUGUUGACAUUUGCCCAUCUCCUUUGGGCGUUCGAUAUUCGCCGGGCAGACGCUGACGAGGGGUGGCUGGAGACGGAGGAUACCGAGCCCCCGGAGUACAUGCUGCAGGAUCAUGUUACAGGUCAGAAGGAGGGCCCCUUCUUGCAGUUUCGAACUCGCGUUUGA